AUGUGUGAUCCGAAGGGCUUCGCUAAGUGCGUCUUCGUGUGGGUUCUGGAGAGAGGAGGCUGUGGAAGGGAGGGAGGGAGGGAGGGAGGAAGGGGGGACAUAUCAGAGCCUGGAAAAACUGAAAAGUGGGAGCUUCGACUUGGCAACGAAGCCCUGGAUGGUGUUAUUGGGAAACAGAGAUAUGGAGUCCUCAGCAGUGAUUCCUUUUCCUCUUCUGAUGAUGAUGAGGAUUUUGAAAUACAGAAGAAGAAGAGAAAUUUAAGGAGAUCUCUUCUGGUCAGCUUUCAGAAGUGUGCCUCAAGUGGAGUUGACAAGGAUACCAUGAAAACUGGAGGAAGUCUGGCUGACAUGGAGCAAAUGCAAAUAGAUGGUUCAGUGCAGUUUGAUGGCGUGGGUGGUCUUUCUGACCACAUUUCAUCUUUAAAAGAGAUGGUCAUUUUUCCGUUGCUUUAUCCUGAAAUCUUUGAGAGAUUGAAAAUUGAACCUCCAAGAGGCUGUCUAUUCUAUGGUCCACCAGGGACAGGAAAGACACUGCUUGCUCGUGCACUUGCUAAUGAAUGCAGUCAAGGUGACAUGAGAGUGACUUUUUUUAUGAGAAAAGGUGCUGAGUGCCUGAGUAAAUGGAUAGGAGAAUCUGAACGACAGCUUCGUACAUUAUUUGAGGAGGCCUACCAGAUGCGACCUUCAAUUAUUUUCUUUGACGAGAUUGAUGCUCUGGCUCCUGUACGGUCCAAUAAACAAGACCAAAUUCAUAGCUCUAUUGUGGGGACACUUCUGGCACUUAUGGAUGGCUUAGCCAGCAGAGGAGAGAUUGUGGUGAUAGGAGCCACCAACAGACUGGAUUCUAUAGAUCCUGCUUUGCGAAGACCAGGGCGCUUUGAACGAGAAUUCCGCUUCAGUUUGCCAAACAAAGAGGCAAGAAAAGAAAUUUUCAAAAUUCACACACGAGACUGGAAGCCGAAGCCAUCGGACCACUUACUUGAAGAGCUGGCUGAAGAAUGUGUUGGAUACUGUGGUGCUGAUAUUAAAGCCUUAUGUGCUGAAACUGGUCUCUGUGCUUUGCGGCAUCGCUAUCCUCAGCUAUACGAAAGCAGACAGAGACUGCAGAUAAACAUGGAUUCAAUUAAAAUAAAAGCAAAUGAUUUUUCCAUGGCCAUGCAGAAGACUGUUCCAGCUUCACGGAGGGCUGUGCCUUCCCCUGGGCAAGCACUAUCAGCUAUUUCAAAGCCACUGUUAGAAGACACACUGGAAAGGAUUUUACAAACCUUGCAGAGAGUAUUUCCCCAUGCUGAGCUUGCACUAAAGAAGGACCAACAGCAAGGAAAUUACGUGAUUGAUAGUGAUGAGGAAUCACCAUCAAUCUCUGAAGAGAAGCAGACUCAUAAAAUGUGUGAUCACAAGAAGGCAGAAUUCCUCGCUUUCAGCAGAAAUCCUCGUGACCAACCAACGUCUUACAGGCCACGCUUUUUACUAAUUGAAGAGCCAGGAUCUGGGCAAGCUUCUGAUUUGGCAGCUGCAGUAAUGCAUUCCCUGGAAAAGUUUCCAAUUUAUACACUAGAUACACCAACUUUGUUUGCUAGCACAUUACCAGAUGAAACAUGUGUACAGUUGAUGCGAGAAGCUCAGAGAUCAGCACCGAGUAUCAUAUAUGUCCCACAAAUCCCUUCAUGGUGGGACACUAUUGGAACUACACUGAGAUCUGUUUUUACAACACUACUGCAGAACAUCCCAAGGUUUACUCCAGUUUUAUUCCUUGCAACAUCUAAUGUACAACUGAGAGAUCUCCCAGAAGAGAUAAAAGCAUUGUUUAAUAAUGAAUAUGAAGAAGUUUUCAGAAUCCCGCGUCCGACCUGUGCUGAGAGAAGACGUUUUUUUGAGGACUUAGUUAUGAAGCAAGCUGCUCAACCUCCUGCAUUAAAAACCAACACAACUUGCCAGCCUUUAGAGGUGCUGCCUGUAGCACCACCACCUAAACCUCGAAAGCUGACAGAGGAAGAAAUAAGACAGUUGGAAGAGCAGGAAGAGGAUACGUUGCGUGAACUCAGGAUUUACUUAAGAGAUGUUGCUCAAAGACUUGUCAUUGACAAACGUUUCAAAGUAUUUACAAAGCCCAUUGUUUCAGAGGAGGCACCCAAUAACAAGGACACCAUUAAACAGCCCAUGGACCUCUUGACAGUUCUCUCCAAGAUUGACAUGCACCAAUACUUAACUGCAAGAGAUUUUCUAAAGGACAUAGAUCUAAUCUGUAGCAAUGCUUUAGAGUACAAACCAAAUAAAGGGCCUGCAGAUCAUCUCCUGAGGCACAAAGCUUGUACUUUGAGUGAUACUGCAUAUUCCAUAGUGAGGAAUGAAAUGGAUGAAGGUUUUGAGCAACGCUGCCAAAAAAUUAAAGAAUCUCGUAAGGAAAGAGGUACCCACACAAGACCCAAUUUUUUUCUCUGCGGGUGUAAGAGAGAAAACCCAAAGUGUAAUGAGAAAUGGAAGAUGCCACCUGUGGACACCAGUACCUCCUGCUCUAAUGAUAAGUCAAAAAGAAAAUGCAAAAUGAAGGAAGACUCUUCAAAUAUCUCAGUAAAGAGGGAGAAUGUUCAGUUUGUAUCCUCCCAGGACAGUCCUAUGGAAGAACAUGAAAAUGUACUUCAAGGACAACAGAAAAAUGUGACAGAAAAUGAAAGUGAGAGAGUGACCCUUGUGGCUAAAUCCCCUGCUGGAGAAAAGAGUGUCAUGUUUCCUGAAUGUUCAGACCUAAGAGAGGAGAGUGAAAUGCCAGAUUGCCAAAUAGCCAGAACUGUUGAAGAUGCAGGUUCAAGUGAUUCACAAGUACAUCAUGCAACUUGUGUGGGACAUUCUCAACUGGAUGAGCAACUGCAAGUAUGUGGUGGGGAAGCAAGGAAAUUUCACACACAGGGAGUGUCUGUGGAUUAUUCUGAACUCAGACAAGUGCUGGAUUUGGUCAUUGUAGCAACAGAGAAUGUCAGUAUAUCUCGCAUGGAAAGACUGUAUGCUCUUCUUAGCCAGUGCAUUUACCGACAUCGGGAAGACGAUGACAAAACUGCGUUAGUGAAGAACAUUGAAAGCUCCUGUGUGAAGGAUGGAUACACUGUGGGGACACUGGAGAAUUCAGAGCACUUUGCAACUAGAAAACAGGGAGAAGUGACACCCAGUUCUUGUACCUUGGUUAAAAUGCAGCAUCUGGCCAUUUGCACCACACUACCAAAACACUUUCCUGACAAACAAGACACUCCUGUCAUCUUGUUGGGUGGGCUGCCUUCUGACCACUCCCAAGAAGAAGAGAAGAUUGAUAUUGGGGAGGAAAUGGGAAGAGAUCCAAAGAUCAAUAAAGAUACCAACACGUGA